AUGUGGCGCCAGGAAUGGGAGGACACCCAACAAGAUGGCCGUUAUGUGGAUUUGGUGAAAGCCGUGACUGGCUUGGAUGUUCUGCAGAGGUUGCAAGGCCAGCUUCUGCUUUUGAAUCUGGUGUCAGCCGCGGCAUUGUUCUAUGAUGACUAUGCAGUUCCGAGAGGAGCCCCGGAUUUGACGCUGCCCGGGGAGCCCUUCACUUUCGGCUUCGUGGCCUUGGGUUUGCUGCUGGCGUACAGAGCCUUGCAGUCGCGCACCAGAUUCGCUCGCGCCAGGGACCUGUGGGACGACAUUCUGAACAUCUCCAGGAAUUUGUACCAAAACUACGGCGACAAGCUUCGAAGAGACGAGUUCAUGGAGUUGGCUCGUUGGAUUCCCGCGUUCCCCGCGGCCCUGCUCUGGCACCUGCGCCGCGACGGCGACCCGCGCAGCUUGCGGGGCCAGCUGCGGAAGAGUCGGGGCCCGGAUCAUGAAGCACAUGAGGUCCCCGAAAUCGGCGGCCUCACAGAAGUGGAGAUUGCGGAGGUGCUGAACCGCCCCGCGGGCGUCUCGGCACCUUUGUUCGUGUUGCAUCGGCUGACGGCGAUUGUCACCAGGCUGAAGUUGCCCGACGACGACCGGCUCCAAAUGACCAACUCCUUGUCUAGACUGUCCAACAUCGUCGGUUCGUGUGAAGAGCUGUCACCUAUCCCUAUGGCCUAUGUGAAGCAAACCACUCGCUUCCUGUUCUUGUACCUGAUCCUGUUGCCCUUGGGACUUCUGCAAGAGUUGGGUGCGGGAACCAUGUUGGCCGAGCAACUGAUCGCCUUUGCUCUGCUAGGUAUUGAGAACGUGGCCGCCCUCCUCGAGGAGCCUUUCCUGGCGCUUCCCAUCGAUCAGAUCUGCGCCAUCACCGCACGGGAUUCGCAGGCGCUCCGAAAUGAUUGGGACAGGUGGACCCGGUGGACCCGGGGGGAUUCGGUGGACGGCCCGGAGGCUGUCUUUUGGCGGCAGCAGCCAGGGCUUGCCGUGGAUGCCGCGGUGUUGUCGCAGAAAAUGGUGGCAGCUGAAGAGGUUAGCUACAUGGCAAGGGUGUUGAAACCCAUGGGAUCCCAUGAUAUCCCAGUUGAAAGUGAUCAUUGGAUAUCAUUGGUCUCGUUGGGCCGUGCCAUGCUACAAUCAGCGAGCAAUUUCUCUGUGCUUCGGCGCAGUGAGGAAAUGAUGGCUUUUGUUCGACAGAUGGCCAUGGCAUCGGCCACGGUGAUGCGGUUGACGCGGCUCUGCGCGGCAGAACAGGCUACUUUGCCAGGUGUGGCAGCGUCGAUGGGGAUUGAUCAACCAGGCGACUUCGCCAUCUGGCUUUUUGAGAGCCACAAGGCCGAGCACCAGAAGCAGCUGGCUGCAGGCAGGGCAGGUCAUAACGCGCAGCGGCACCGCGGCGUCCCGCGGAGGGCCUUUGAUGGCGUGGCCGAGUUUCUACCUUUGCUGGUAGCCGUCACUCCGGCCUUAGUAUAUCAACUCGCAGGAGAAGCAAAGGAUCCAGGUGUUCCACGGAGGAAAGACGUGAAGCCCUGGAGCGAAGUGAUGGAACUCUUGACCUCCGAUGUUCUCACCAGGAUCCGCAAGCCCUUGGUGUUCCUGAAUCUGAUCUCUGCGGCGGUCUUCGCCUUCAAUUUCUACAUUUUACCUCCAGGACGGGGCAACUUCGUGUUUCCUGUGGAGGGAUUCGUGGCCUUGACAUUUUGCGUGGGAGUGCUGCUUGCGCAGCGUCUCAAAACGGCCAACCAGCGAUUUCUCCGCGGAAAGAAAGCCUGGAGCGAGAUAGUGAACGUGACCAGGAACCUGAACCGUCAAGCGCAUCUCUGGGCUGAUCGUGAGAGCUUUCUGGUCUUCUCUCGUUGGCUUCCGGCGUUCCCCGCUGCGCUGCUGUGGGAUUUGCGCAAGCUGCCCGAGGAGGAGCUGCCAACGGUGCUGAAGGAUUCGCAGGGAGCUGGCGAUCAGACAGCCACCUUGGGUCUGACUCAAUUGGAAAUGGAUCAGGUGCUGACCCGGCCCGCCGGCUCCACAGCUGCGCUGUAUGUCUUGCAGAAGCUGCAUGUCGUAGCUUCUAAGCUCCAGUUGGCUGAACCUCAAAGCUCUGUACUGCAGCAAGCCUUGUCCAAAUUGUCAGAAGCCGUUAAGGCAUGCCAGAAGGAGAAACACCAGGCUGGAGAUCUAAAGCAGGGGAUGGUAGUUGUAGCCCUGGCGAGGCUCAGUGCUGACAGAUGUGUCACGCUAUGGGUUAGUGUCCUGUCCUUGGGGCCUUGGGAUGAACUUCUCAAUAGCCAUUAG